UCAACCUCUUGAAUUUCAUCUCCCUGCAUUACUUUUCAUCGUCCUUCGUCGAGAGAGUGUCUUCAAUAUCUUGCUUUCAAUUGAUUGAAGCCUAUUGAUCAUUGAGGAUGAGGAGCCCCUUCGGCGGAAGUAACAAAGCAGCUGAAGCUGGCACAGAGAAAUACCAACCAGACAUCGAAGCUUCCGACCGUGAGAAUGAUAAUAGUGACGGCAUCAGAAGUCCCACUGAAGCGGAGGAUGUCUCGAAGGAGGUUCAAGAUGGUGUGCGUAACAUGGAGGCUGCCACAUCAGUGUGGACAAAGUGGCAUCUAAUCGCAGCAUAUGUGAACAUUUGGCUCAUCUAUUUCGUCACCUCGAUGCAAGAAGUCGUUUUACGCUCCCUGAACCCCUAUGUGACCAGCUCCUUUUCACUCCAUUCAUUGACGGCGGCGACUACCGUCAUGUCGAGCAUCAUCGGAGGGCUGAGUAAAAUCCCUCUAGCCAAAAUAUUGGACACAUGGGGCAGACCCCAAGGGUUGGCUCUCACUCUCUUCAUUUGGGUUAUCGGGUACAUCAUGAUGGCAGCAUGCAAAAACGUCCAGACGUAUGCUGCUGCGCAAGUCUUUUCCGCCGUGGGAUCUCAGGGAGUCAGCUAUUGUAUGACCGUUUUUAUCGCCGACACGUCCUCCCUGAAGAACCGAUCGCUGAUGCUCGCAUUCGCUACCUCACCCUACGUUGCAACCACUUGGGUCGGCGGGCCGAUAUCCAAAAGUAUUAUCCAGGUGGCCGGCUGGCGCUGGGGCUUCGGUAUAUUCAGCAUCGUGGUUCCCGUGGUUGUCUCGCCUCUGUGCCUCAUUUUCCUUUUGAAUCACCGUAAAGCAAAGAAGGCUGGGAUAGCAUCCACCCCAGGCUCCGAUCGGAUAUUGAACCUCCAAAAUAUCAAGAAAUACGCCAUUGAUGUCGAUCUUGUUGGAGUCAUUAUCUUGGCUAGCGGUAUGGCGCUGUUCCUCUUGCCAUUUAGUCUCUGGUCUUUUCAGGCAGAGAAGUGGAAGGCCCCCAUGAUUAUUUGCAUGAUCAUUUUUGGCGGCCUUCUGCUGAUAUUUUUCACAAUUUAUGAAAAAUAUCUCGCCAGGGUGACAUUUAUCCCCUUUACCCUUCUUAUGGACCGUACUGUUUUCUUCGCAGCCGUCUAUUUCUUCUUUGUCUUCUUCUGUGGUGCGGUCUGGGGCGGGUAUUUCUUCUCGAUGUUGCAGGUGGUGUGGGAGCUGGACAUCACCAAUGCAACCUAUGUUAGCAACAUUUAUCGUGUGGGCUCUUGUCUGUGGGCACUGGUGGUCGGUGUCCUAAUCCGCUGGACUGGUAGAUUUAAAUGGCUUGCGGUGUAUUUCGCGGUGCCUUUGAUGAUGCUUGGCGUCGGCCUCAUGAUUCACUUCCGCCAGCCAGGCGUAAACAUCGGAUACAUCGUCAUGACGCAGAUCUUCGUUGCCUUCGCCGGCGGUACGUGCGUCAUCACAGGCGAGAUGGCCAUGAUGGCGCCCUCAGACCACCAACAUAUUGCCGUCAUAAUCGCGAUCCUCAACUUAUUCUCGAGCAUCGGUGGUGCGGUGGGAGGAACCGUGUCCACAGCUAUCUGGACCAGUCAGUUCCCGGCCGCACUCCACAAACAUCUUCCCCCGGGAACAGAUGUAAGCCGCAUUUAUGCCUCGAUUAUCACACAGCUGUCAUAUAAGCCUGGAACGGCCAUCCGAGACGGAAUUAGUAGAGCAUAUGGUGAUGCUCAGCGCUACAUGCUCAUCACAAGCCUGUGUCUUCUUGCAGGUGCCUUGAUCUGCGCUGCAGCCUGGAGAGACAUUAAGAUCAAGGAUAUAAAACAGGUAAAGGGAAGAGUGGUGUAAAGGAGAGUUGGGAUGACCAGAAUAACAACGAAAGAAAAGACUCCAAUGUGGAUUCCACGAUUCGCUUCAGGCUGUGGUGUGAGUCUGGAGUUCGUUUUGAGAUUAACACCAAGAUCGGGGCGUGAACUUACUGAUGGCCAGGUUGUGACAGGAACCAAGAGGAUGUAAAUCUCAACAUUUAAACCCGAUAGCAGA